GUUUUCUUCCUGGUUGCCCCAAGAUGAAAUGGAGUAUCUAAGCGUUUUUAUUACUAUCGGGCUUUUCUUAAAAGUUUUCGGAAGCUGUCCACAGAACAAGCCCAAUCCAAAGGUAACUAGCUGUGAUGGAACAACAAAAAAUGGAACACAAGUUUAUAUUGACUUUGAAAAGAUAAAUAAACCGUGUAACUGCAUUGCGACCCCAGCAUUUGAUGGUGAAUUGCUUGUGGGAGCAGAAGUUACAGUUUAUCCCUGUGAUGCAUAUGUGAAAGUGAACAGCACUUUUCUUUUCAACUGUAAAGUAAAAAGUGAAUAUGUAGCUUUAAAAGUUCAGAGUUCAAAUCCAGUUACAGUAGAAGCUGACUACAAAUCAGAGAGUUCUCGUAAAGGUUUUUACCACUGUCUUCUUUUUAAUGAAAAUAUGGGUG